AUGGCGAGGCGGCCGCCGUGGUGGAGUCUCAGGGGGCCGACGACCCCACUACUCCUGCUCCUUCUCCUCCUCUCUUUGUUCCCUCUCAGCCGGGAGGAGCUGGGGGUCGACGGGGGCCAAGGCUGGGACCCAGGGGUAGCUGCCGCUACGGGGCCAGGGGCGCGGACCGGUGGCAGAGCCUUAGCUCUUUGUCCCGAGACGCCCGGGGUCCAGGAGGAUGGAGAGCCUGAUCUGGGAGUCAGGGAGCCUGUCUUCAUGGGGCUCCGAGGGGGAAGGCAAAGCGCCCAGAGUGGUCGAGGGCCCCCUGAGCAGCCGAACGCGGGGCUGGGGGGUAAAUAUGGGGUCCAGGCAUUAGACAGCCGCGGGCGAGAAACAGGACAGGGACCAGGGUCUCUGCUAUGCUGGCGCGCAGAGGUCUCCUCUUGCGGGCAGACAGGACCCUUGCGAAGAGAUAGUCUGUCUCCAGAGGCUCUGUCCCCAGGGGUCCCGAGCCUGGAGAACAGCUCGCCCUUCCCUUCCGACCUUCUGGUACGGCCCCGUGGUUACAAGUCGGUGUCCUCCCAGAGGAAUGCUGGGAGAGGCAACCCCAAAAAAGUGGGAACCAUGCGCUGCUGCGGGGAAUUGUGGGCGCCGAGGCGCAGGGGUCAGGGCGAGAGAACUGCGACAUCUCGAGCGGAGAGGACAGCUCCCCAGCCGGACUGUUCCCCCAGGGCUGUGGGAUCUGGCCCUGGGCUGGAUUCAGCACCGCGCAUAGAGAGGACAGCUCCCGCGUCUGGUUCAGCACCACGCAAGUCUCGGACAGCUCCCGAGCCUACGCCCGAGCGCAUGCGCUCGCGUGGUCUCUUCCGCCGCCGCUUCCUCCGGCAGCGCCGCGGGCCGCGCCCCCCGGGGGUCCCGGCUCGGCCAAGAGUCUGGAGAAUACCCCCAGCAAGCAGGGUCCGCCCCCGUCGCGCCGCGAACCGCCACCCGCAGUUUCCGCAGUACAACUAUCAGGCGCUAGUGCCCGAGAACGAGGCGGCGGGCACCGCGGUGCUACGCGUAGUGGCGCAGGACCCGGACGCAGGCGAGGCCGGGCGCCUAGUUUACUCGCUGGCUGCGCUCAUGAACAGCCGCUCGCUGGAGCUGUUCAGCAUUGACCCACUGAGCGGCCUCAUCCGCACAGAGGCUGCUCUGGACCGCGAGAGCAUGGAGCGGCACUACCUGCGCGUGACGGCGCAGGACCACGGCUCGCCGCGCCUCUCGGCCACCACCAUGGUGGCCGUUACAGUGGCCGACCGCAACGACCACGAGCCGGUGUUUGAGCAGGCGCAAUACCGGGAAACGCUUCGCGAGAACGUGGAGGAGGGCUACCCCAUUCUUCAGUUGCGUGCCACAGACGGCGACGCGCCCCCCAACGCCAAUCUGCGUUACCGCUUCGUGGGGCCGCCAGCUGCGCGCGCCGCUGCCUCCGCCGCCUUCGAGAUUGAUCCGCGGUCUGGCCUCAUAAGCACCAGCGGUCGCGUGGACCGCGAGCACAUGGAAAGCUACGAGCUGGUGGUGGAGGCCAGCGACCAGGGCCAAGAGCCCGGGCCGCGCUCUGCAACUGUGCGUGUGCACAUCACCGUGCUGGAUGAGAACGACAACGCGCCCCAAUUCAGCGAGAAGCGCUACGUGGCGCAGGUGCGCGAGGAUGUGCGCCCCCACACGGUGGUACUACGCGUCACAGCCACCGACCGGGACAAGGAUGCCAAUGGACUGGUGCACUACAACAUUAUCAGCGGCAACAGUCGUGGCCAUUUCGCAAUUGACAGCCUCACGGGCGAGAUCCAGGUGGUGGCACCUCUGGACUUUGAGACAGAGCGAGAGUAUGCCUUGCGCAUCCGGGCGCAGGAUGCAGGCCGGCCACCACUGUCCAACAACACAGGCCUGGCCAGCAUCCAGGUAGUGGACAUCAAUGACCAUACUCCUAUCUUUGUCAGCACACCCUUCCAGGUCUCUGUACUGGAAAACGCACCCCUGGGCCAUUCAGUCAUCCACAUUCAGGCAGUGGAUGCAGACCAUGGGGAGAAUGCCAGAUUGGAGUACUCCCUAACUGGUGUGGCACCUGAUAUGCCCUUUGUGAUAAACAGUGCCACUGGCUGGGUCUCUGUGAGUGGUCCCCUGGACCGUGAGUCUGUGGAGCAUUAUUUCUUUGGUGUGGAGGCCCGAGACCAUGGCACCCCCCCACUCUCAGCCUCAGCCAGUGUCACAGUAACUGUGCUAGAUGUUAAUGACAAUCGGCCUGAGUUUACGAUGAAGGAGUACCACCUACGGCUGAAUGAGGAUGCAGCUGUGGGCACGACUGUGGUCAGUGUGACCGCUGUAGAUCGUGAUGCCAACAGUGCCAUCAGCUACCAGAUCACAGGCGGCAACACCCGGAAUCGCUUUGCCAUCAGCACCCAGGGGGGUGUAGGUUUGGUGACGCUGGCUCUGCCACUGGACUACAAGCAGGAACGCUACUUCAAGCUGGUGCUAACCGCUUCUGACCGUGCCCUUCACGAUCACUGCUACGUGCACAUCAACAUCACAGAUGCCAACACUCACCGGCCUGUCUUUCAAAGUGCCCACUACUCCGUGAGCGUGAAUGAGGAUCGGCCAGUGGGUAGCACUGUGGUGGUCAUCAGUGCCUCUGAUGAUGACGUGGGUGAGAAUGCUCGUAUCACCUAUCUCCUGGAGGACAACCUGCCCCAGUUCCGAAUUGAUGCAGACUCAGGGGCCAUUACACUACAGGCUCCACUGGACUACGAGGACCAGGUGACCUACACACUGGCUAUCACUGCUCGGGACAAUGGCAUCCCACAGAAGGCAGACACCACUUAUGUGGAGGUGAUGGUCAAUGAUGUGAAUGAUAACGCUCCACAGUUUGUGGCUUCACACUACACGGGGUUGGUGUCUGAGGAUGCCCCGCCUUUCACCAGUGUCCUGCAGAUCUCAGCCACUGACCGGGAUGCUCAUGCCAAUGGCCGGGUCCAAUACACUUUCCAGAAUGGGGAAGAUGGGGAUGGAGAUUUUACUAUUGAGCCCACCUCUGGUAUUGUCCGCACAGUGAGGCGGCUGGAUCGGGAGGCAGUGCCAGUAUAUGAACUUACUGCCUACGCAGUGGACCGAGGUGUGCCCCCGCUGCGGACUCCAGUCAGCAUUCAGGUGACGGUGCAGGAUGUAAAUGACAAUGCACCUGUCUUCCCAGCUGAGGAGUUUGAGGUGCGAGUGAAGGAGAACAGCAUUGUGGGCUCCGUGGUGGCUCAGAUCACUGCAGUAGACCCUGAUGAAGGCCCCAAUGCCCAUAUAAUGUACCAGAUUGUGGAGGGGAACAUCCCUGAGCUGUUCCAAAUGGACAUCUUCUCUGGAGAGUUGACUGCACUCAUUGACCUGGACUAUGAGGCUCGCCAGGAAUAUGUGAUUGUGGUACAGGCCACGUCGGCCCCUCUGGUCAGUCGGGCCACUGUGCACGUCUGCCUGGUCGACCAGAAUGACAACAGCCCUGUGCUCAACAACUUCCAGAUCCUCUUCAACAACUAUGUAUCCAACCGCUCAGACACCUUCCCCUCAGGAGUUAUUGGACGCAUCCCAGCUUAUGACCCUGACGUCUCUGACCACCUUUUCUACUCUUUUGAGCGGGGCAAUGAGCUGCAGCUGCUGGUGGUCAACCAGACCAGUGGGGAGCUUCGACUCAGCCGCAAGCUAGACAACAACCGCCCACUGGUGGCUUCCAUGUUGGUGACUGUCACAGAUGGGCUGCACAGCGUGACGGCGCAGUGUGUGCUGCGCGUGGUCAUCAUCACGGAGGAGUUGCUGGCCAACAGCCUGACCGUGCGCCUCGAGAACAUGUGGCAGGAGCGCUUCCUGUCACCACUGCUGGGCCACUUCCUGGAAGGCGUGGCCGCGGUGCUUGCUACACCCGCCGAGGACGUCUUCAUCUUCAACAUCCAGAACGACACGGACGUGGGGGGCACCGUGCUCAAUGUGAGCUUCUCGGCGCUGGCGCCACGCGGGGCCGGGGCGGGCGCUACGGGUCCCUGGUUCAGCUCCGAGGAGCUGCAAGAGCAGUUAUACGUGCGCCGCGCCGCCCUUGCGGCCCGCUCGCUCUUGGACGUGCUGCCCUUCGACGACAACGUGUGUCUGCGCGAGCCCUGUGAAAACUACAUGAAAUGCGUGUCCGUGCUGCGCUUCGACUCGUCCGCGCCCUUCCUGGCCUCGGCCUCCACGCUCUUCCGACCCAUCCAGCCCAUUGCAGGCCUGCGCUGCCGCUGCCCUCCCGGCUUCACUGGAGACUUCUGCGAAACGGAGCUGGACCUCUGCUAUUCCAACCCGUGCCGGAACGGCGGCGCCUGCGCGCGGCGCGAGGGCGGCUACACCUGCGUGUGCGGCCCGCGCUUCACAGGAGAAGACUGCGAGCUGGACACGGAGGCUGGACGCUGCGUCCCCGGCGUCUGCCGCAACGGGGGCACCUGUGCCGACGGGCCCGACGGCGGCUUCCGCUGCCAGUGCCCGGCGGGCGGCGCCUUCGAGGGCCCGCGCUGCGAGGUGGCGGCGCGCUCCUUCCCUCCCAGUUCGUUCGUCAUGUUCCGCGGCCUGAGGCAGCGCUUCCACCUCACGCUGUCCCUCUCGUUCGCAACGGUGCAGCCAAGUGGGCUGCUCUUCUACAACGGGCGCCUGAACGAGAAGCACGACUUCCUGGCCCUGGAGCUCGUGGCCGGGCAAGUGCGGCUUACAUAUUCCACGGGUGAAUCCAACACAGUGGUCAGCCCUACAGUUCCAGGGGGCCUGAGUGACGGACAGUGGCACACAGUGCAUCUGAGAUACUACAACAAGCCCCGGACAGAUGCCCUGGGGAGUGCUCAGGGCCCUUCCAAGGACAAGGUGGCUGUGCUGAGCGUGGAUGACUGCGACAUGGCCGUGGCUCUGCAGUUUGGUGCUGAGAUUGGCAAUUACUCAUGUGCGGCUGCUGGCGAGCAAACAAGCUCCAAGAAGUCCCUGGACCUGACGGGCCCUCUGCUCCUGGGGGGUGUCCCCAACCUCCCCGAGAACUUCCCCGUGUCACACAAGGAGUUUGUUGGCUGCAUGCGGGACCUGUACAUUGAUGGCCGCCGAGUGGACAUGGCAGCCUUUGUCGCGAACAACGGCACCAUGGCAGGCUGCCAGGCCAAGCUGCACUUUUGUGACUCGGGCCCCUGUAAGAACAGCGGCUUCUGCUCAGAACGCUGGGGCGGCUUCAGCUGCGACUGCCCCGUGGGCUUCGGUGGCAAAGACUGUAGGCUCACCAUGGCCCAUCCCCAUCAUUUCCGAGGCAAUGGCACCCUGAGCUGGGACUUUGGAAAUGACAUGGCCGUGUCUGUGCCAUGGUACCUGGGGCUGGCAUUUCGGACGCGGGCGACGCAGGGGGUCCUGAUGCAAGUGCAGGCUGGGCCACACAGCACGCUCCUCUGUCAGCUGGAUCGGGGGUUGCUGUCCGUGACGGUGACCAGGGGCUCGGGCCGUGCUGCCCACCUCCUCCUGGAUCAGGUGACUGUCAGUGAUGGCCGGUGGCAUGAUCUGCGGCUGGAAUUGCAGGAGGAGCCAGGGGGCCGGCGGGGCCACCAUGUCCUCAUGGUCUCAUUGGACUUUAGCCUCUUUCAGGACACCAUGGCAGUGGGGAGUGAACUGCAGGGCCUGAAGGUAAAGCGACUCCAUGUGGGAGGCCUGCCCCCCAGCAGUGAAGAGGAGGUUCCUCAGGGCCUGGUUGGCUGUAUCCAGGGGUUAUGGCUCGGCUCCACGCCUUCGGGAUCCCCAGCCCUGCUUCCGCCCAGCCACCGAGUGAACGUGGAACCUGGUUGUGUCGUGACCAAUGCCUGUGCAUCUGGCCCCUGCCCACCCCAUGCUGACUGCCGAGACCUCUGGCAGACCUUUUCUUGCACCUGCUGGCCAGGUUACUACGGCCCAGGGUGUGUGGAUGCCUGCCUCUUGAAUCCCUGUCAGAACCAGGGGUCAUGCCGCCACCUCCCGGGAGCCCCCCAUGGCUAUACCUGCGAUUGUGUGGGUGGCUAUUUUGGGCACCACUGUGAGCACAGGAUGGACCAGCAGUGUCCACGGGGCUGGUGGGGGAGCCCAAGCUGUGGCCCCUGCAACUGUGACGUUCACAAGGGCUUCGACCCCAACUGUAAUAAGACAAACGGGCAGUGUCACUGCAAGGAGUUCCACUACCGACCACGGGGCAGCGACUCAUGCCUCCCAUGUGACUGCUACCCUGUGGGCUCCACCUCACGUUCAUGUGCGCCCCACAGUGGGCAGUGCCCCUGUCGCCCAGGAGCCCUCGGCCGCCAAUGCAAUAGCUGUGACAGUCCUUUCGCAGAGGUGACAGCCAGUGGCUGCCGAGUGCUCUAUGACGCCUGCCCCAAGUCCCUGAGAUCUGGUGUGUGGUGGCCCCAGACCAAGUUUGGCAUGUUGGCCUCAGUGCCUUGUCCUCGGGGGGCCCUGGGAUUGCGGGGUGCAGGUGCUGCUGUACGGCUGUGUGGUGAGGACCAGGGUUGGCUGGAGCCUGACCUCUUCAACUGUACCUCCCCUGCCUUUCGAGAACUCAACCUGCUGCUGGAUGGCCUAGAGCUGAAUAAGACAGUCCUGGAUACGGUGGAGGCCAAGAAGCUGGCUCAGAGGCUGCGGGAGGUGACCGGCCACACUGACCACUACUUUAGCCAGGAUGUCCGGGUCACUGCCCGACUGCUGGCCCACCUGCUGGCAUUCGAGAGCCACCAGCAGGGCUUCGGGCUGACAGCCACACAGGACGCCCACUUCAAUGAGAACCUGCUGUGGGCUGGCUCCGCACUGCUUGCUCCCGAGACUGGAGACCUGUGGGCAGCCCUGGGGCAGCGGGCCCCUGGGGGCUCCCCAGGCAGUGCCGGGCUGGUGCAGCAUCUGGAAGAGUAUGCAGCCACCCUCGCCAGGAAUAUGGAGCUCACAUACCUGAAUCCCGUGGGGCUGGUGACGCCCAACAUCAUGCUCAGCAUUGACCGCAUGGAGCACCCCAGUCCCACCCGGGGGACCCGUCGCUACCCUCGUUACCAUAGCAACCUUUUCCGGGGCCAGGAUGCCUGGGAUCCUCACACACACGUGCUGCUGCCUUCCCAGUCCCCACGGCCAUCCCCACCUGAAGCUCUGUCCACAAGCAGCAGCAGCAUGGAAAACUCUACCACCUCAAGUGUGGCCCCUCCUCCAGCCCCCCCAGAGCCCGAGCCAGAGCCUGGGAUCUCCAUUGUCAUCCUCCUCGUUUACCGCACCUUGGGGGGGCUGCUCCCUGCCCAGUUCCAGGCCGAGCGCCGGGGUGCCAGGCUCCCCCAGAACCCUGUUAUGAACUCCCCGGUGGUCAGUGUGGCUGUGUUCCACCGGCGCAACUUCCUAAGGGGUGUCCUGGAGUCCCCGAUCAGCCUGGAGUUCCGCCUGCUACAGACAGCGAAUCGGAGCAAGGCGAUCUGCGUGCAGUGGGACCCACCUGGCCCGGUGGGGCUGGGCCUGGUCCGCUUCGGCUUUGUGGUCACCUACCUGUCGGAGCCCCUGGUCCGCGGCUAUACGACGGCCGCGUCUGUGCAGGUCUUCGUCUCGCAGCUCAAGUAUGUGUUUGGCCUCCAACUGAGCAGCCGCUCGGGGCCGCUGUCCCUCAUCUAUACAGUGGUGGACGUCUGCUCGAAGCUGCCCCAGAGUGUGGUGGGCACGGUGGUCACUGCGUUGGUGGCAGGGGUGGUGCUGGUGCUGGUGAAACUGCUCAGUGACAAGCUGCACCGAUAUCUGCCCAUGCCGAUCCCUGGGGAGCUGCUAACGCUCAUCGGGGCCACAGGCAUCUCCUACGGUGUGGGCCUAAAGGCCAGAUUUGGGGUGGAUGUCGUGGGUGACAUCCCUGCAGGGCUGUUGCCCCCAGCGGCCCCCAGCCCCCAGCUGUUCGCCAGCCUGGUGGGAUAUGCCUUCACCAUCGCUGUGGUUGGUUUUGCCAUUGCCAUCUCCCUGGGGAAGAUCUUCGCCCUGAGGCACGGCUACCGGGUGGACAGCAACCAGGAGCUGGUGGCUCUUGGCCUCAGUAACCUCAUUGGGGGCAUCUUCCAGUGCUUCCCCGUGAGCUGCUCCAUGUCCCGCAGUCUGGUACAGGAGAGUGCCGGGGGCAACACACAGGUGGCUGGAGCUGUCUCCUCCCUCUUCAUCCUCAUUAUCAUCGUCAAACUUGGGGAGCUCUUCAGAGACCUGCCCAAGGCAGUCCUGGCAGCUGCCAUUAUCGUGAAUUUGAAGGGCAUGUUGAAGCAGUUCAGCGACAUACGUUCCCUCUGGAAGUCUAAUCGAAUGGAUCUGCUCAUCUGGCUGGUGACCUUUGUGGCCACCAUCCUGCUGAACCUGGACAUCGGCCUGGCAAUCUCAGUCGUCUUCUCCCUGCUGCUCGUGGUGGUCCGCACACAGCUGCCCCGCUACUCUGUCUUGGGGCAGGUGCCGGACACGGACAUUUACCAAGAUGUGGCUGAGUACUCAGAGGCCAGGGAGGUCCCAGGCGUGAAGGUCUUCCGCUCCUCAGCCACCAUGUACUUUGCUAAUGCUGAGCUCUACAGCGACGCGCUGAAGCAGAGGUGCGGUGUGGACGUUGACCACCUCAUCUCCCAGAAGAAGAAGCGGCUCAGGAAGCAGGAGCAAAAGCUGAAGCGACUGCAGAAGAGUCUCCAGAAAGAGGCAGGGGCCCCUUCAAGCCAGACUGCCGCCUCCGAGGGCACAUCUGUUUCCAUCCAAGUCAACACCAGCAUCAGAGACAUGGAGAGCAACAACGUGGAGGACUCCAAGGCUAAGGCGAGCACAGGGAAUGAGCUAGAGGAUGCAGCAGCCAGUGGUCAGGAAGAUGCUAAGGCCCCAAAUGGGUCCACACUGAAGGCCCUGGGCCUGCCUCAGCCACACUUCCACAGCCUUGUCCUGGACCUGGGUGCCCUCUCCUUCGUGGACACUGUGUGCAUCAAGAACCUGAAGAACAUUUUCAGCGACUUCCGAGAGAUCGAGGUGGAAGUGUAUAUGGCCGCCUGCCACACUCCUGUGAUCGCCCAGCUUGAGGCUGGGCACUUCUUCGAUGCUUCGAUCACUAAGCAGCAUCUCUUUGCCUCUGUCCACGAUGCUGUCCUCUUUGCCCUCCAACACCCGAGGCCCAGCCCUGCCAGCUCUGUUUUGAUGACCAAACUCUGACCAUGCCGCCGCCCUGCCUGAGACUGCUCACCUCUGCAGGUUGUGACCAGGCACUUGUGAGAAUCUCCCUGCCCCUGGGCUGCCUCCAGAUGUCACCCAGGAGUCCCCUCCGGAUACACACACACACACACACACACACACAUAACUCAGGGAUGGAGGUCCUGGGUCUCCCAAGUUCAGUGCUAUAGGCCUGGGCCUGGGAUGGGACACUGGAGUCAGACCGGCUGGGUUGGGGGAAGACGCAUGUUUUUAGCCCCAAAAAUAAAGACCUGUUUGCCUACCA